CUCUCAUUAUUUAUCGCAUUGACAAGUGUAUUGUCUAUGGUGCAUUUUGUAUACUCUACUUAGAUACUAUAUGUAGUCUAUACUCGUGUAACCUAUAAUCUAUUCCUUCUUUUUGACAAGUGUCUUUUUCGGCGAGCCGUGUUAUCGGAACGAGCUCGCCAUCAUGGUGAACAACAGAGUUCCGUCAGUCUUCUCUAAGACUUAUGUCACCCCCCGCCGUCCGUUCGAGAAGGCGCGUCUCGACCAGGAGUUGCGCAUCAUCGGCGAGUACGGACUUCGCAACAAGCGUGAAGUGUGGCGCGUCAAGUACACGCUUGCGCGCAUCCGUAAGGCUGCGCGUGAGUUGCUGACGCUUGAAGAGAAGGACCCUAAGAGGUUGUUUGAAGGUAAUGCACUUCUCCGACGUCUUGUAAGGAUUGGUGUGCUUGAUGAGAAACAGAUGAAGCUCGAUUACGUGCUGGGUCUGAAGAUUGAGGACUUCUUGGAGCGCCGUCUGCAGACACAGGUGUUCAAGGCUGGUCUUGCCAAGUCCAUCCAUCACGCUCGAAUUCUGAUCAGACAGAGGCACAUUCGUGUGCGUAAGCAAGUGGUGAACAUCCCAUCGUUCAUCGUGCGUCUCGACUCCGGCAAGCACAUCGACUUCUCCCUGAAGUCUCCGUUCGGCGGCGGCAGGCCCGGCCGUGUCAAGAGGAAGAACCUGCGCAAGGGACAGGGCGGCGGCGCCACCAACGACGAGGAGGAGGAUUAGACAAUAAAUCCUUGAUUGUUUA